AUGCUGGGGACCCUCUGCACUCUCAUCACUGCUCUCACAUGUGUGAGUGGUGUGACGGUGGUGACACAGAAGCCUGUUGUAGCCGUGACGACAGGAGAGACAGUCUCCAUAGACUGUAACCUCGGGACUGUUACUAACCGUGUUGCUUGCUGGUAUAAACAGAUUCCAGGAGGAGUUCCUCAGUUUGUAUUAUAUUAUUAUCACAGCGGCGCCUCUCCAACAUAUGGCACUGGUUUCUCCUCUUCAAAGUUCACAUCCACUCAUCAGUCAACUACAGAUUAUCGUUUGACCAUAAAGAACAUCGAGGAGGGAGACUCAGCCGUCUAUCACUGUGCAACAUGGGACGACUCUGUUAAUGAGUACGUAUUCGGACAAGGAACCAAGCUGAUUGUGACAAGCUCCAGCCUCCGUCCUCCCGUCCUCACUGUCUUUCCUCCGUCCAGUGCUGAGCUGCAGUCCAACAAAGCCUCUUUGGUCUGUCUGUCCAGUCAGUCUGGGCCUUUUGCAGAUGUGACCUGGAUGUCUGGAGGGAGUCCAGUGGUCACUGGGAUCUCUACCAGCACCGCUGUUAAGCAACCUGAUCAGACGUUCCACAUCAGCAGCUAUCUGGCCAUCCAGGCGUCAGACUGGAACAUGGAUAAGGUUUACACAUGUAAAGUGUCUUUGGGCUCCCAGACUGCAGAGAAAAACAUCAAGAAGUCUGAGUGCCUCACUGAACAACAGUAGAGGAGCAGAAGGACCAUUUAACAUCUGCUUCUUCCCUCUUUGUGCUGUUUAUUCAUCACGAGCGUUACAUGUUAGAACAUGUGUCUCCACGCUUGUAGUACAUGUUGUUGACAGUUAGGUAGAGGUGUUGUAUCCGCUUUGCAAACGGUAAAAUGUAGUAAAACCUUUUGAAUAAAAAGCAUUUUGUAAAACAACA